AUGGUUCAAAUCACGAUCACAGCCUCCAAAAGGAUUCCUCUCGCCCCUGGGCUCCCGCUGACUCUCAACUUUCCCGAGGAAUCCACGGUGCAAGACUUGAAGACGGCAAUCUCGUCCAAGUAUCCCAAGUUCUACGAUUCACGCCAGAAAAUCUCGAUCAAAGGCGAGAGAAGCGCCCUCGGAGAUGAUGCUUUCUUGAAAGACGUUGAAGGUGCUGAGGUAUCUGUCAAAGAUUUAGGGCCUCAGGUCAGCUGGAGAACCGUUUUCUUGGUUGAAUAUGCUGGCCCUCUAGUCAUUCAUCCUCUCAUCUACUAUCUCUCGAGCACGAUAUAUCGGAGAUAUACUCAGCACAGUUUGUUGCAAAAGGCUCUCUGUGUGAUGGUGAUGGCUCACUUCUUGAAGCGUGAGCUGGAGACUAUUUUCGUGCAUCGAUUCUCACACGGGACGAUGCCUGCUUUCAACAUAAUCAAGAAUUCGGCACAUUACCAUUUGUUGAGCGGUGUCGCGUUAGCACUCGCCAUCUACAGCCCGACAUACGCUGCUGAUUCGCCCUAUAUCCGAGGCACGAUCCGGGAUGAUCCCCGCUUUCUUCUUACGUGCGCUAUUGUCUGGCUGUUUGCCCAGCUCUCAAAUUUCAAGGUCCACCUCAUCUUGCGCAAUCUCCGCCCGGAAGGCACUCGUAAACUCGCUAUACCGCGUGGAUACGGUUUCUCACUGGUCUCUGUCCCGAACUACUUCUUCGAGUGUCUUGCAUGGGCGACUAUUGCCGUUAUGUCUGGCAGCUGGGUUGCAUGGCUAUUCCUCUUCGUAGGUGGUGGUCAGAUGACUCUGUGGGCCAUCAAGAAGCAUAAAAACUACAAGAAGGUUUUCGGGAAGGAAUACCCAAGGAGAAAGGUCAUGAUCCCGUUUAUUUUCUGA